AUGUUCCGGUUUAACUUUUCCAGGUUUAUCUACAAAGUAACAAAACUGUCCCUUUUGCUCGGCAUUCUGUACAUCUACGCUUCGACCUCUAAGAUUGGGUCGUUCAACUAUACGAAUUUGGAAACACUCGGGGAGCACGAUAUCAAUUCAGUGAAUCUUGUUAUUGCCCACCCUGACGAUGAAGUGAUGUUCUUUGCCCCCUCUUUGAUCAAUUUAAACGAGCAGAUUAGAGAUCCUUCCACGGUUUUCAACAUUAUAUGUUUCUCUAACGGAGGGGCCGAUGGGCUAGGGAAUGUCAGGGAACAGGAACUCUCUGAUUCUAUCGCUAUGCUUUUGCCCACGAGGAACACAUCCAUCGUCGUCCUAGACUUCAAAGACGGAAUGAAGGAGAAAUGGGACGUUAAGGAGAUGAUUGCCAAAUUGAGAAAUAUUGUACCGAAAUUGGGGCACAACGUCCUGCUAACAUUUGAUGGUAAGGGCGUCUCAGGACACUUAAACCACAUUGCAUGUUAUAGAGCCGCCCUAGGUUACUAUAACGAAUUUAAAUCAAAACAGAAGUUGACCGUUUUGUCCCUGCAAAGUUACUCCAAGAACAUCGUAAAGAAGUACAGUUCUUACAUUUGGGAGCUGAUAAAACUAUUAUACUCCUCGUGGGUCCCCAGUAGGCUUGGGAAUGUUUUGCCAAAAAGGGGGAGCAACGUUGCGAGAAAGAUAACCAUCUUCAGCACAUACCCACAGUACGUUUUGUCACUCGCCGCCAUGUUGAAUGCGCAUAAGACUCAAGUGGUAUGGUUCAGAUACGGGUGGUGGUUUUUUUCAAGGCUCGUGUUUGUUAAUGACCUCGAUGUCAUUUCAAGUUAG